UUGUUAUUCCUAUAAUUUUUGGAUAUUUACCAGCGAUUUCCGCUAAGAUGACGCAUCCUUUGGAUGGCCAGCAGCGGGCCCGCAAAUAUCCCUUUGUAAAUAUGCGGAUUUCGGACCACAGCAUACUGGAUACCAUCGAGGGACGCCACAAUUGCAGACUUUGCAAUCGUUCGCGGAAGUUCUUCUGCUACAGUUGCUACAUACCGGUUGGCGAAUUGGAGGAUUUAUUACCUCGCCUCGCGUUGCCACUGCAAAUAGACAUUAUCAAGCACAAAAAGGAGAUAGAUGGCAAAAGUUCGGCGGUUCAUGCAGCUGUUUUGGCGCCGGAACACGUGAGGAUUCAUACUUUUCCGGAUAUCCCAGAUUAUCGGGAGGAAACGGGAGUGGUUCUAAUAUUUCCCAGUGCCACCGCCUUGACGGUUCCCCAGCUUUUCGAGCGAAAUGUGCAGCUGCAGAUUGGGGAUAAUUAUGGUCUCCCAAAGGGUCAUCAUAUGGGCACUAUGCUGAGGAGGCGAAUGGAUGAGGUGGAGAUAGAGGAGCACCCUAAAACCCCUAAAACCUGGACCCUGGAUAACCUGCCCAUCCGACGAGCUGUCUUCAUAGACAGCACUUGGAACCAGAGUCGUGGGAUCUACGCAGAUGAAAGGAUUCGAGGUCUAAGAACAGUGGUUCUGCAAAACAGACUCUCCCAAUUUUGGCGACAUCAGCGGGGAAGUCCGCGUUGGUAUCUGGCCACCAUCGAAGCCAUCCACCAGUUUCUCCUGGAAGUGCACAUCAAUGCGUGGGGUCUGAACUCCGGAUACAGAGGACUGGACAAUCUGGAGAUCACCGAGGGCUUCCAUCAACUGGCGGCCCCUCUAAAGAUAGACGCCUCUAUCGAGGAUGUGGAUAGAUUAUCCCCAUACAACGGACAAUAUGACAAUCUCCUGUUUUUCUUCGCCAACAUGUACGAUCUCAUCCACAAGUACUACGAUCACAACGAUCUAAUAUCCUACCGACGUCCCAUUUAGUUUUAAAAGUGUA